AUGCAGCGCACAUCGGGUCUGGUGGUUUUCCUCCUCACUAAUAUCGCCUAUGCCCAGCAAUCUCUCUGGGGGCAAUGUGGCGGUAGUGGAUAUGUAGGAUCAACAGUUUGCACAGCAUCAGCAACAUGCAGCACUCAGAACGCCUACUAUGCCCAGUGUAUCCCUGCCACGGCGGCAGUAACCACAACCACCAGCGCAACUACAACCUCCAAGACUACUAUGGUCACUUCUACUUCCACUACCUCUGCCACUAGUACGACUAAGGGGUCAACCACCACCACCAGCACAACUACAGCCGCUACGGUUACCAAUAGUGGCAAUCCUUUCAGCGGCUAUCAGCUCUAUGCAAACCCUUACUACUCCUCCGAGGUCUAUUCCUUGGCAAUCCCAUCCUUGACAAGCUCUCUCGCGGCCAAGGCUAGUGCAGUUGCUGAAGUUCCAUCUUUCGUCUGGCUCGAUACCGCGGCCAAGGUUCCUACCAUGGGAACCUAUCUUGCCGACAUUCAGGCCAAGAACAAGGCCGGUGCUAGCCCGCCGAUUGCUGGUAUUUUCGUGGUUUAUGACUUGCCAGACCGUGAUUGCGCCGCUCUUGCUAGCAACGGCGAGUACUCAAUCGCCGAUAACGGAGUUGCGAACUACAAAGCGUACAUUGACGCAAUCAGAGCUCAGAUUCUCAAGUACUCUGAUGUUCAGACUAUUUUGGUUAUUGAGCCCGACAGUCUCGCUAACCUUGUUACCAAUUUGAAUGUUGCUAAAUGUGCCAAUGCUGAGAGUGCUUACCUCGAAUGCGUCAACUAUGCAUUGAUCCAGCUCAACUUGUCCAACGUGGCCAUGUACAUUGAUGCUGGACACGCCGGCUGGCUGGGCUGGUCAGCUAACCUCCAGCCUGCUGCGACUCUCUUCGCCAACGUAUACAAGAACGCUUCGUCUCCUGCCGCGGUCCGCGGAUUGGCCACUAAUGUUGCCAACUACAAUGCCUGGACAAUCAGCCCCUGCCCAUCCUACACAUCGGGAGACUCCAACUGCGACGAGAAGCUCUAUGUCAAUGCCAUCGCCCCUCUGCUUGAGUCUGCAGGCUUCUCUGCUCACUUCAUUACCGAUACUUCUCGCAAUGGUGUUCAGCCAACCAAGCAAAAUGCCUGGGGUGAUUGGUGCAAUGUCAUUGGUACUGGAUUCGGUGUCCGCCCUACGACCGAUACUGGGGAUUCUCUUCAAGAUGCAUUCGUUUGGGUCAAGCCUGGUGGAGAAUGUGACGGUACAUCGAACACCACAUCCCCACGAUAUGACGCACACUGUGGAUACAGCGAUGCCUUGCAGCCUGCCCCUGAAGCCGGAACUUGGUUCCAGGCCUAUUUCGAGCAGCUGCUUGAGAAUGCCAACCCGUCCUUCUGA